AGCUAAACAAAUAAUAAUAUUAAUACACGGUGCUAUCGUUCAAAAUAUUGAUUAAUUGAUUCGAAAUGGUUCCAGAUACGCAUCCAUGGAAACUCAUCACUAGGCCUGCCAUCGGACAGCGCACUUAAUUUUAUUUGACUAACUACGGGACAACCCGACUUCAGUUGAGCUUCGACACUGGCGAACACAGCACCCGGUCAUGUCGAAUUCGUUGAUUCAAUUAUAUUUCGGGUAUGCGCUGGCCAUAGGCAUAACUUCGAAUCGAUUUGUGGACUCAACCUUCGGGCAGACAUGUUUCUCGAAAUGGUAUGCACUGGCUGUGAAUGUCGCUACCCUCGUGCUGACUCCACGGCUGCUUUGGGAGUCCCGGAAUGGUUUUCAGGGCAAAGAGACCUUUCCGAAGCUUAUUUUGAUUACCUUCCAAGUGCGAUAUCUGGUGGCUUACGGGGUCAUAGCCUAUACGGUAUUGUCGCGCGGUUUUCGGGACAGAGCACUGAAGGAGGUGCAGCCGCUGCUCACCAAGCUACUGCGCGAGGAAAAGCGCAAUGGAAAGCGGCGACUCAGAAGAUCCCUCAGAGUGCCGAUCUACCUGAAAUUCUGCACGGCGGCUUUCAUGUGCUUGACGAUUUGCGUUUUCCACUUUCACACUGGCGCGGAAAUGAAUUGGAGGACAAUAGCUAGAAUUAUAUUUCUGAGCAAUGCCCUCAACAUACUGGAAAUUGUGCCCAUGGGCUACUUUUUGGCACUCUGGCACAUUGCCCGUGGCUUUGACUAUGUGAACCAACGGUUGGACGAUAUUCUGGCAUCGACACCCAUUGAUUUGGUCGAACUAAGAAGCAUUUGGGCGCUUCAUGCUGCACUGACCAGAACAGCGAUCAGGAUCAACAAGAUCUAUGGCCCCCAGAUGGUGGCAAUUCGCUUCGAUAACUUCAUUUUCGGCGUCAUCAAUGCCUACUGGGGUACGUUCUUCAGCUUCCACUCUGGUACGAAUAUUUUAUGGGUGGCGUUUGGCUCCCUUACGUAUUGGAUCCGCUGCGUGGACUCGUACCUGGUCGACCAUGUGAGCGAUUUGGCCAUGCGCUACCAGAGCUCACCAAAGCAUGCCUGGAGCGAGGGCUACUGGUCGCAGGACAUCAACUCAUAUGUGACCUACUUGGGCAGCUCCAAGCUGCAGCUUUGGACGUGCGGUCUCUAUAAGGAGAAUCGAAGUCUUUGGUUCGACACGAUAAGCAGCAUUUUGUAUUACUAUAUAAUGCUGCUGCAGUUUCACCUGGUGCUGAGGAAUUAAUAGACAGAAGAUGACGCAUUUCGUAACAUUAUUGCUCUCACAGUUUGCUUACAAUUAUCCAAUACGUCGAGGAAACUCUAUAAAAUAUUUUUUAGCUCAAUUGGAAGUUGCUGU